AAUAGCUAAAUUUGUAACUGUUUCUUUGGGAAAAGUAGCAAUAUAGGUUGGAGUGAUAUGUUUAAUUGGUUUAAAAUCUGAGUUCCAGCUGCCUAAAACCUGAUUUAAUGAAACUGACUAGCGUGAGAGUUUAGACUGCUUUAUUCAAAGUCUGCAUGUUAUCAGGCUUUAUCACAAAAAUCUCAGCAGAAUGAAGGACCUGAAGAGAGCCUUCCAGUUCAUCCUCAGAAGAGAUGUGAGGCUCUAUCAAAACACUGCGAGGAGCAAAGAUUUCCACUUCAACGUUCAUCCGUCUGUGUCUCAGGCUGUGGCACAAAACAAGCCGGUGGUUGCACUAGAGAGUACAAUUAUCACCCAUGGCAUGCCCUACCCACACAAUCUGAGCACUGCAAAGGAGGUUGAGGCCAUUGUGCGAGCCGAAGGAGCCACUCCUGCCACGAUCGGCGUCGUUGAAGGGGAAAUCUGUGUCGGAUUGUCGUCGGACGAGCUUGACCGUCUCGCUCGAUCCAAAAGCCCCCUGAAGGUGUCUCGACGGGAUCUGCCUUAUGCUGUCAGCAAAGGUCUCUCCGGGGGAACAACGGUCUCAGCCACAAUGAUUGCAGCACACAGAGCUGGGAUCCCUGUUUUUGUGACAGGAGGCAUCGGAGGAGUUCACAGAGAUGGACAAAACAGUCUGGACAUCAGCGCAGAUCUAACAGAGCUUGGCAGAACUCCCGUCGCUGUCGUCUCUGCCGGAGUCAAGUCUAUCCUGGACAUCGGCCGCACCCUGGAGUUCCUUGAGACACAAGGUGUGUGUGUUGCAACUUAUGGUGAAUCUAAAGAUUUCCCAGCAUUCUUCACUCCAAACAGUGGAUUCACCUCUGCGUGUAAUGUCCGCAAUCCUAGCGAGGCUGCAGAACUUAUUGCAAGCACUUUGUCUCUGGGUCUUGAAAGUGGCCUCCUGAUAGCAGUCCCCAUCCCAGAGGAGCAUGCAGCCGCUGGCCAUCAGAUACAGGAAGCCAUGCAAGCUGCAGUGACAGCAGUCAGUUCUGAAGGUAUUACAGGCAGAGACGUAACACCGUUUAUUCUUCAAAAGGUCAACGAGUUGACUCAAGGAAAGUCCCUCCAGGCCAACAUUGCUCUCAUUCACAACAAUGCUAAAGUCGGCAGUCAGAUAGCCUGUGCAUUGUCAAAGCAGAUGAGUGAAAAAAGAUCAAAAAGUCAAGCUCAGCAUCCUGGAAAACCCCCAAAUGACUCAGAAGUUGUUGUUAUAGGAGGAAUAAAUGUUGAUUUUAUUGCCAAAGGGAAAACAAAAACACUUCAUUUUGGACAGACAAACCCAGGAAGCGUCUGUCAGUCGUUUGGGGGCGUGGGACGGAACAUCGCUGACUCUCUGAGUAGGUUAGAAAAGACGCCGCUGUUCAUCUCCGCCACUGGAGCUGAUGCAAACAGUGAUGCAGUUUUUAACCACUGCAAACAUAUGAACACAAGUGGUGUGGCCAGACUGGAAAAGCAGAGCACAGCAACGUACUGCGCUGUUAUCAACGACAAUGGGGAACUGAGUCUUGGCUUGGGAGACAUGGACAUUCAUCAGCAAAUUACAGAACACUAUGUUUCACAGUUUGAAAAACAGAUUUCAUCCGCCUCACUUGUGUGCCUUGAUGGAAACAUCCCCGUCUCCACCAUCAACUAUGUCUGUUCUCUUGCUGGGAAGCACAACUUAAACAUUUGGUAUGAACCAACAGAUGCAGAAAAGGCUUGUAAGCCUUUCCUCUCAGAUGCUUGGAAGUCUUUGUCCUAUUUGUCUCCGAACCUGGCAGAAUUGUGCAUGAUGAACAAAACUCUGGGUCUCACGGUUCCUGAAGAGCUGCCUACCUCUCUUGAUGGGAUCCUGACGGUUGCCGUGGCUCUCUCACGCCCUCUUCUGGAGAAUCUUCACUGUCUGGUGGUGACUCUUGGGCCUGAUGGUGUGCUGCUGUGUGGCCAGCACGAAGCAGGCUCAGUUGACCUGCAGCCAAGGAAACAAAAAAGUAAGCGGCAGCUUUGUGCGCUACACUACCCAGCAUUGACCGUGACUCCAGAGGAGACAAUGAAUGUGUCAGGAGCAGGAGACAGUUUUGCAGGUGCUUUAAUGGCAGGGAUUCUUCAGAAAAAAGAUACAGACAGCUGCGUUCGGAUGGGCCUCCUGGCCGCGAGGAUGUCCCUGUCAUCACCACAUCCCAUCUCACCAACACUCACCUUAGACUCUGUGGAUCCCAGCAAAGUCCAGGUACCAAAAUGGCCCACGCCGGGUUUUGUUUGGCUCGAUUGAGAUUCCAGAGUUUUCGUUGUGUAUUUUUAUGUCUCACAAUUAUUAUUCAAGGAACUGUUAUAACUUUUGACCAGAGAACCUGUCUCUCAAAGCUUUUUCAUCCAAAUGUGUAUGUUACCUUUUUAUUAUUCUAUAAUAAAAUACUUGAAGGUACUUUAACUGAAUUUUACUUUCUUAUUUUUAACUCUGUUACCUCACAAUUUCAAGUUUGGUUUCUAAUAAUAUUAGCGUUUAGGGUAUUUGUAUACAUGUAAUGCACUUGUUUGGAAGGCAGGCCAGAAAAAAUUACUUUUCCGACCUAACACCACAGUUAUAAACACAGUUUGCUAAACUUAUUUGGGACUUUAACAGGAAUAAUUGUGCUUUGCAGAAAAUAUGAGGAUUGAUAUUUUUCAGCAACAAACACUCCAGGUGUUUCUGAUGUUAAACAAAGGAGGAGACUGAAUUAAAAAAAAUAAAAAUAAAAAAUCAAACCCACUUUUAAGUAUAGUAAGGGUUAUGUGAUACUAAUGUCCUACUUCUGUACCAAAACUCCUUGGAAACUUUGAAUUUUAUGUCAUCAAAUUACAGAAAAUUUUAACAAAAUGAAUCUGGUUGUCUCUACAAAUAAAAGGAACAGAAAAUGCCCGUGAAUAUGGUGGGAUUUUUUUUUUUUUUAGCAAGAUAGAGAUCCAAAACAUAGAACCACCUCAGUACUGAGAAAUAGAGUGACCAGAGAUGACUCUGGACUCUGAAUAACCAAGACACAUUGUGUAGAGGAAUGGUCAAAGAUCCCUCUCUUUACAGCCUAAUGACAUGUUAGAGAACAAGACAAUUUUAUUAUGCCACUGAUAACUUUAUAAGAAUGAGACAGACAUGAUUAAGCAUAUUUGGAUACAGAAUUAUAAAAACAAAGUCAUAUUUUGCUACAAGGUUGAAAGCAUAUAGUUACAAAAUGUUUUGUU